CAAAAGGGGGCUGGGUUACCCUUAAAGCAACCAGAAAUCACAGAAGCAACUCCAUCCGUGACUCUGGAGGGUCAGACCAGGGUGAUGGUGGGGAACUGGAGAGUUGGUUGGGAAGGAGAAGGACACGUCACCUGACCAGCUGCAGGCUUGAACCCCUCUCAAGGCUCCUCUCUGUCAAAGCUUCUUCCCCUGGGUGGCGUAAGAGUCUUUGUCCCAGGAAAUAAGUUAAGAGUGAGAACUGGGUGGGAGGAAGCCCUGCUACACCCCGGGCUAUGGUCACCGCCUCCAGGGGCCCUAGAUGUGGGUGGGUGCUCUAGCAGCGUCCCCGACAUAUAAACAGGAAGUGCUCUUAAAGAAGAAGCAGGUGCUUCCACACAAGUCGUGUGAAUCCUGGGAUGGCUUGGCUGUCAUACUCCUUGGUGAUACUGCUCCUGGUGGCCCUGCUGGGGGCUGUGCUGCUGGGAGUUUCCCUGCUUUCAUGGCAGCACCCUCCAGCACGGAAUAAGAUUCCCAGGGCACAGAAGCGGAGGGAAGUGGCACUGCAGCAGAUGGAGGCCCUGGCCCAGCGUCUCCGGCAACAAGAGCCAGACAUGGACUCUGAGUCAAUCCUGGAGCUUCCCCUGGCAAAGCUGGCCCAGAAACUACGGGCUGAAGAGCUGAGUCUGGAGAGCGUCCUCUGUAGCUACUUAGAGCAGGCACUGAAGGUACACCAGGAGGUGAAUUGCCUGACCGAUUUCCUGGGGGAAUGUGAGGAGCAGCUGCAGGCCCUGAAGAAGCUUAAGAAGAGUGAGCGAGGCCUUCUCUAUGGGGUCCCUAUAAGCCUCAAGGACACCUAUGACUGCAAGGGCCAUGACUCCACGUGUGGCCUGGCUCAGUUCCUGGAGAAGCCAGCGGCCAAGGACGGGGUCAUUGUGCAGCUGUUCAAGGCCCAGGGAGCCAUUCCCUUUGUUAAGACCAACAUCCCGCAGACGCUGUUAAGCUACGACUGCAGUAACCCUAUCUUUGGCCAGACACUGAAUCCCUUGAACUUAAAGAAGACUCCUGGGGGCUCCUCAGGGGGUGAAGCAGCUCUACUGGCAGAGAGGGGGUCCAUCCUGGGCAUGGGUACCGACACAGGUGGCAGCACUCGCAUACCAGCCGGCUUUUGUGGUGUCUGUGGCUUCCGGACCACAGGAAACCGCCUCAGCUACUCUGGAAUUGCCUCUGCUGUCAAGGGCAAGAAAUCAGUGACCACAACGGCUGGUCCCAUGGCCCGGGAUGUGGAGAGCUUGGCGCUGUGCCUGAGAGCCUUGCUAAAUGAGAAUAUGCACCAUCUGGACCCCACUGUCCCUCCCCUGACCUUUAGGGAAGAGGUAUACUCCAGCAAGCGGCCUCUUCGAAUUGGCUAUUACGAGUCAGACGGCUAUACCCAGCCAUCCCCUAGCAUGGCCAGGGCUGUGCAACUCACCUCUAGACUGCUCCAAGAUGCAGGACACCAGGUCAUCCCCUUCUCCAUCCCCCGUGUAGAGUAUGCCAUCAAACACCUGUACAUGGGGGGUCUGUAUGCUGAUGGAGGGGCCACCCUGCUGCAGAAGCUAGAGGGGGACAUUGUGGACCCCAGCAUAAAGGGGAUGGUCAGCCUGCUCCGCAUGCCAGACUCUCUCAAGUGUUUCUUGGCCAAGAUCCUGAAGUAUACAGAUCCCCGAGCUACACAGAAUUUUGAAGAGAUGCGUGGUGUGGGGACACCUAAGAAACUGUGGGAGCAGCACACAGCAGUGGAGGACUAUCAGCAAGAGUUCAUAGCCAAGUGGAGAUCCUUGGACCUGGACGUGCUGUUGGCACCAGCUCUGGACCCUGCUUUUUAUAUAGGCUAUCCUGGCAAAAUAUCAGAGAGCGUCUCCUACAUGAACCUGUACAACACUCUGGAUUUUCCCGUGGGCGUGGUGCCUGUCACUACCGUGACAUCACAGGAUGAGGAGGAACUGGCCUUCUACAAGGGCUACUACGGAGAUAGCGCUGACAAAAAUUUCCAGGAGGCGGUGAGAGGAUCUGUGGGACUUCCAGUGGGUGUACAGUGCAUCGCUUUGCCGUGGGAAGAGGAGCUGUGUCUCCGGUUCAUGAAGGAGGUGGAGACUUUGGUCAAGAACCAGAGGGGCGCCAAAUGACAGGCCACUCCUUUUCCUAGAGCUCUUCCUAGAUCCACACCUAGAUCUCCCAAUGCCCCUAACUUCUAACCUCCUAUCUCCUCCCCUUGGAAACUACCACGUUCCUUUUCUUUGUGGUCCCUCUGUGUGGGUGCUUAAUAAAUGGACUCCUCAGAUCAUCCCAAGAUGGGGAGUAGGGUGAGGGACUCAA